AUACGAGCUGACUGUUGAUGACAAGAAGCAAAGCAAGAAGAACCCUGCAAAGGACAGAGCAGGGAAAAGCCCAGACAGCAUCAUGAAGUUUUAUUUUGGGGGCUCUCCCUUCAGAACACAGCAAGCCAACUUCACUGGCUGCAUAAGCAAUGCUUAUUUUACUAGGCUGGAUCGAGAGGUUGAAGUGGAAGAUUUCCAGCAGUACUCUGAGAAAGUUCAGACUUCUUUAUAUGGAUGCCCUGUUGAAUCUCCUCCAGUUGCUCUUCUCCAUAAGAAAGGAAAAAACUCAUCAAAAGCCAAAGGAAACCAUAAUAAAAAGGUGGGAAGAGAUAAAGACAAGAUCCAACAGCCUUCAACUGGCCUUAAAAAACUGUAUAAAGAAGUGAAUAUGCAAAGAGACCCCCAGUGCCACUUGCCCAUGAAUCCCAAGGCAACUGAACAUGCGUAUCAGUAUGGAGGAACAGCAAACAGCCGGCAAGAAUUUGAUCACAUACCAAAGGAUUUCAGUCAAAGAGCUCAGUUCUCUAUCAGUCUGAAAACUCAUUCAUCUCAUGGAAUGAUUUUCUAUGUCUCGGAUCAAAAAGAGACCAACUUCAUGGCCCUUUUCGUUGCUCAUGGCCGACUCGUUUUUAUGUUUAAUGCUGGUCAUCAGAAGAUAAGGAUUAAAAGCCAAGAGAAAUACAAUGAUGGCCUUUGGCACAAUGUGAUAUUUAUUAGAGGCAAAAAUAUUGGUCGCUUGAUAAUUGAUGGCCUCCGAGUACUGGAAGAACCUUUUGGCAGUAUUGCUGACACCUGGCAAGUCACUGAACCACUCUAUAUUGGGGGUGUAGCUCCUGGAAAAGCUGUAAAAAAUAUCCAGAUUAACUCUGUCUACAGUUUUAGUGGUUGUCUCAGCAAUUUACAGCUCAAUGGAAGAUCAGUCACUUCAGCUUCGCAGACAUUUAGUGUCACGCCUUGCUUUGAAGGCCCAUCAGAAGCAGGAACAUACUUUUCAUCAGAAGGAGGAUAUGUAGUCCUUGAUGAAUCCUUCAGUUUAGGCCUGAAAUUUGAAGUUGUUUUUGAAAUACGUCCCCGAAGCAGCUCAGGAAUUUUACUGCAUGGUCACAGCGUGAAUGGAGAGUACUUGAAUAUGCACAUGAGAAAUGGACAGGUUACUGUGAAACUGAAUAAUGGAAUCAGGGAUUUUUCAACUUCAGUGACACUGAAACAGAGUCUCUGUGAUGGCAGGUGGCACCGAAUUGCAGUCAUUAGAGAUGCUAAUGUGGUGCAGCUGGACGUAGACUCUGAAGUCAACCAUGUAGUAGGGCCACUAAAUCCAAAGGCAAUUGACCACAGGGAGCCAGUGUUCAUUGGAGGUGUACCAGAGUCUCUGCUAACACCCAGCCUGACUACACGCAACUCCUUCGUUGGCUGUAUUCGUAACUUCAUGAUUGAUGAAAAACCAGUGAGUUUUAGUAAAGCAGCUUUGGUUAGCGGCGCUGUAAGCAUCAAUACCUGUCCAGCAGCCUGACAGUGCACUGCAUCAAUCCUGUAAAGCUUCUUAGACCACAGAAAGGAAAAUAGGGAGAAAAAAAAAAACCUAAGUUCAUUGAGAGAAGAAUGAAAAUAUCAAGGAUCCAUCUACAGAAAGCAGUAUGUUUAAGGGUCACUUCUAAUGUUUAUGUGCAAACAAAAAUCACUGAAGAAUAAAGGGCUGUUGCUUCUGCACUUCUCUUACUACACCAC